UUCUCUUCAUUCCCGCCCUGUCAUGACUCCUAAUCUUGGUGAAGGCCUGGGGUCCCUUCUGUCAAACUCUAGGUCAUCAGCUGCGGCGCCGCUCACCAGGGUGAGCAGCCUGUGUGGUGUUAACUAGAGGUUCGGCUGCCGAGUUCGCAUACGUGCGGAACCAAAGGUGCAGACUCGGUUUCCACCAGGUCGCGAAGAGAAGCGCCACCCAGGUUGCCUCUAGCGCUGUGGAGGUACGCUCGCUUCCUAGGGGCCGCUUCCGCGGUUGCCACUGAGCCCGAGUCUCUUCCCUCCUGGGUCGGGCUGCUGAGAGCGAGAAGAUGAAGGCGAAGGCCACCACGCCGGUGCCGCAAGCAGGGCCUAUCAAGAAGCUGGCUCGGAAGAAAGCCAGGAAGAGGGUCAGGAAGAGCAAAGCGCAGGGAGGAAGCCGGGCUCCGGGAAGCCCCCCGGCAGCUGUCGCAGGCCGACCGCCGAAGGUCCCGGAGAACUUUUCUCAGAAUUGGAAGGCGCUGCAAGAGCUGCUGAAACAAAAGUCACAGGCCCCAGAAAAACCUCUUGUCUCUCAGAUGGAUGACAAAGUGCAUCCCCAAAUAAUCCAGCAGAACAAAAAAGAGACUGCAGAUAAAUCAAAGGGAGAGAGGAAGAGGACAGAAAAAGACCAGACUACUAGGGGUGCUGUUACAUCUACAUCUAAGGACAGGAAGAUACUGGAACCUCGCACAAAUACCUCUGGAACAGAACAGAAGAAAGGAGCCAAGAAGAGGACAUAUAGUGACAUCUCUUCUCAUCAAGGGGACAUCAAGCAUAAGUGGAAAGCUAAGGAGGCAGCUGUCUUGAAUCAGUCCACACCCACUGAGGAAGACAUCUGGUUUGAUGAUGUGGAUCCAGAUGAUAUUGAGGCUGCCAUAGGCCCAGAGGCCGCCAUGCUGGUACGGAAGCGGCUAGGGCAGAGCAAGAAAACCAUCUCCCUGGUGAAGGAACAGGCCUUCGGCGGCCUGACAAAAGCCUUGGCCCUGGAUUGUGAGAUGGUAGGCGUGGGCCCCAAAGGGGAAGACAGCAUCGCAGCCCGUGUGUCCAUCGUGAACCAGUAUGGGAAGUGUGUUUAUGACAAGUACGUCAAGCCAACUGAGCCCGUGACAGACUACAGGACAGCAGUCAGUGGGAUACGGCCUGAGAACCUGAAGCAGGGGGAAGAAUUUGAGGUUGUGAAGAAGGAAGUGGCAGAAAUGUUGAAGGGCAGAAUCCUGGUGGGGCACGCACUGCACAGUGAUUUAAAGGUACUGUUCCUUGAUCAUCCAAAAAAGAAAAUCAGGGACACCCAAAAAUUCAAACCUUUCAAGAGUCGUGUAAGGAGUGGAAGACCAUCUCUGAAACAACUUUCUGAGAAAAUUCUGGGGAUCAGGGUCCAGCAGGCAGAGCACUGUUCGGUCCAGGAUGCCCAGGCAGCGAUGAGGCUUUACAUCAUGGCAAAACGGGAGUGGGAGAGCAUUACUGCAGACCGGCGCCCCCCAGCCACCACCCCAAACCACUGCAGCGAGUACGCUUAGCACCAACCUACUGCUGUCACCGUCCCUCCAUCCUUCAGCGACUCCUCAAUCCAGUGGCAGUUGGGAUGGGGCAAUGGAGGCCCAUCAGAUCUCUGCAUAGCAGGGACUCACUCCGGUGAGCAUUUUCAGAGCUAUGGCUGCAGGGGUGUGGCGUGUGAGCUGCUGGAACUUCCUCCUCCUGGACUCUGCUACCAGGACCUGGUCCUGCACCUGUGUGUCGAGGUAGACUAGUCAGAUACCAAGACAGAAGUCAGGGGUCUGAUGUAGGUUCAGAGGAAAGAGCAUUGGAAUGGAUGAGUGUGCUGCAGUGUCCACAUCUACUGACCACCUGUACUACUUAACAGUGAGCACAGCUGGAUUCAGCCAGGGAGGGCACUCAGCACCUUCCCCUAAGAAGCAAGGAGCUAAGCUGGUGGACCUAAGGGAUCCAGGCUAAGGGCCUUCAGUC